CCCUCUCCCGCUGCUGGCCCGCGCUUGCCGCCCUCGCCGCAGUGCUAGUCGCUGUUCGGCGCCGCGGCGGGCUACUUUGCGUUGGGUUGCGAAAAGCGCGCCCGCAGGGAACCUCCGCCGCAUUUUCCUCUUCCUCGCUUUGGAGUCGCUGAAUAAAAGAUAAAAGGCGAUGAGAGAACAGCCCGAAGGUCAUGAGACGCAGACUACCUGCUGGGAUCAUCCUAAAAUGACAGAGCUCUACCAGUCUUUAGCUGAUUUGAACAACGUUAGAUUCUCAGCAUAUAGAACUGCCAUGAAGCUCCGAAGGCUACAGAAAGCUCUCUGUUUGGAUCUUCUAAAUCUGUCUGCUGCAUGUGAUGCCUUGGACCAGCACAACCUCAAACAGAAUGACCAACCAAUUGAUAUACUUCAGAUCAUCAACUGCUUAACUACCAUUUAUGAUAAAUUGGAACAAGAGCACAAUAACCUAGUCAACGUCCCUCUCUGUGUAGACAUGUGCCUCAACUGGCUUUUGAAUGUUUAUGACACGGGUCGAACUGGAAGGAUCCGGGUCCUGUCUUUUAAAACUGGCGUAAUUUCACUGUGUAAAGCACAUCUGGAAGAUAAAUACAGAUAUCUGUUCAAGCAAGUAGCAAGUCCCACUGGAUUCUGUGACCAGCGUCGUCUAGGUCUCCUCCUGCAUGACUCUAUCCAGAUUCCAAGGCAGCUGGGGGAAGUUGCGUCUUUUGGUGGCAGUAACAUUGAACCCAGUGUUAGGAGCUGUUUUCAGUUUGCAAAUAACAAACCUGAAAUUGAAGCAGCUCUUUUUCUGGAUUGGAUGAGACUUGAGCCACAGUCAAUGGUAUGGCUUCCAGUUUUACAUAGAGUGGCAGCUGCUGAAACUGCCAAACAUCAAGCUAAGUGCAACAUCUGUAAAGAGUGUCCAAUUAUUGGAUUCAGAUACAGAAGCUUAAAGCACUUUAACUACGAUAUCUGCCAAAGCUGCUUCUUUUCUGGCCGAGUUGCAAAAGGUCAUAAGAUGCACUACCCAAUGGUGGAAUAUUGUACACCAACUACUUCAGGAGAAGAUGUCCGUGACUUUGCCAAGGUAUUAAAAAAUAAAUUCCGAACAAAAAGAUAUUUUGCAAAACAUCCGAGAAUGGGUUAUUUGCCUGUACAAACAGUGCUGGAGGGAGACAACAUGGAAACUCCUGUUACUCUGAUCAACUUCUGGCCAGUAGAUUCUGCGCCUGCUUCGUCCCCUCAGCUUUCACAUGAUGAUACCCAUUCACGCAUUGAGCAUUAUGCUAGCAGGCUAGCAGAAAUGGAGAACACCAAUGGAACAUAUCUGAAUGAUAGUAUUUCUCCUAAUGAGAGCAUAGAUGAUGAGCAUUUGCUAAUCCAGCACUACUGCCAAAGUUUGAACCAGGAAUCCCCACUCAGUCAACCUCGUAGUCCUGCACAGAUUUUAAUUUCUUUGGAAAGUGAAGAAAGAGGUGAGCUGGAGAGAAUCCUUGCAGACCUGGAGGAAGAAAAUAGAAACCUGCAGGCAGAAUAUGACCGGCUGAAGCAGCAACAUGAUCACAAAGGACUAUCUCCACUGCCAUCCCCACCUGAGAUGAUGCCCAUUUCCCCACAGAGUCCACGAGAUGCUGAACUCAUUGCAGAAGCCAAAUUGCUUCGUCAGCACAAAGGCCGCCUAGAAGCCAGGAUGCAGAUCCUGGAGGAUCACAACAAACAGCUAGAAUCACAGCUGCAUAGAUUAAGACAGCUGUUGGAACAGCCUCAAGAUGCUAAGGUGAAUGGUACAACCCAGUCUUCUCCUCCUACCUCAUUACAGAGGUCAGAAAGUAACCAGCCAAUGCUUCUCCGUGUUGUUGGUAGUCAAACUACAGAAUCUAUGGGUGAGGAUGAUCUGCUAAGUCCCCCCCAGGACACAAGCACAGGGUUAGAAGAGGUCAUGGAACAACUUAACAAUUCCUUCCCAAGUACAAGAGGAAGAAAUGGCUCUGGAAAGCCAGUGAGAGAGGCAACAAUGUAGUUAGCCUGUUCCACAUGGCAGAUGACUUGGGCCGAGCAAUGGAAACCUUAGUGACAGUGAUGACUGACAACAAGUUACUAGAAUAACAAGAUCUGUUUUACAACUUCAGGCAUAACCUGCAUGGUUUUUAUAAUAUUCAUAUGACAAAGGAUUAGACUGUAAGAGUUUACAUGAAAACAAAUCUAUAUUUUUGUGAAGGGUAGUGGUACUAUACUGUAGAUUUCAGUAGUUUCUUAAGUCUGUUAUUGUUUUGUUAACAAUGGCAGGUUUUACACGUCUAUGCAAUUGUACAAAACAUUAUAAAGAAAACUACAUGUAAAAUCUUGAUAGCUAAAUAACUUGCCAUUUCUUUAUAUGGAACGCAUUUUGGGUUGUUUAAAAAAAUUUAUAGCCGUUAUAAAGAAAGAUUGUAAACAAAGUGUGCUUUAUAAAAAUGUUUAUAUAAAUCCCUAUUAAAAAACACAGAAAAAAAUGAGGCAGCGCAUUUGUUUAGCAUCAUUUCAGCUCUGUAAUUAUACCCAGCAGAUAUUCAUGUGCUGUGUUCUUUUCCUCAAAAUUAAACAGAAUUUCUGCAACACCAAACAGUCAACAUACAUUUUUUGUUGUGUCUGACUAGCUCUUGCUUUACAAUUAUUAUUUUCCAAAACUUCCAGUUGAGAUAGCUUUCCAUAUCCUAAGCAAGUUUUAUUGGAAUUAUCCAGCUAGUUGGCAAUAAUUUGAAAGAGCACAUUACAUGACAAAUAUCAGAGCUUGCAAAAAUAAGACAGAUUGAACCCAUAUUCUAAGCUCUUGUUAUUUGCUCUACUACUUUGGAUCUGAAUGUUAAAAGUAAACACAAAAUAGGAAUUGCCUUACUGAAUUAUACCAGUGGACUUAGUUGUCCUUAUCCUGCCUCUGGCACUGGCCAGCACCUUAAUGUUUCAAAGUAAAAAUAUGAUUUGCUUUCAUGCCCUGUGAUGCCACCUUUUAUCAGAUAUCCUGCAGCUGUGUGUGUGUGUUGGGAUGAAGACUUGAGUACAGAUACCAGUCUGUGAUCUGCUUUCAUCCUGAGUUAGAUUACUCAUGCUAUUAUUUAAUAUUUAAUUUUAUAGAAGCAGUAUUGAAUAUUGAAAAUUGCCUAAAUUCUUUAAAAAAACCACACACACAACACUACAGUUUUUGCCUUGUUAGCAAAUUCCAAGGAGCCACACAAGUUCCUCAUCAACAGUAACAAAACAGAUCAGCGUGGCACAAUGAUAAAAACAUCAAUUCUGUCAACUGCUUAAAAUAGCCACACUGCUUUAUGAGAAGCUGGUGAUCCAAGACAAAAUCCAGCAAUCCUACUCUACAAGUAAUGCCGCACAAUUAACAAUGACUCAGGAGAGGGAUGACAGAAAACAGAUGUUAGAAAACAGUCCCUCAGGUUUACUACUAUAAAAUGUUGAGGUGCUGUUAACAAAAGCUUCACCAUUUCAUUUUCUUCCCACCAGCCUUUAAUUCCAUUGUCUAAAGACAGAUUUUCACCAUCUAAUAAACUUUAAUACUUCACAAAAGUUAAAUCUGUUACCUCUUGUAUGGUGUAAUUAAAACACAGGAGAAAAAAUUGUAUUUUAUUUUUAAUGUUAGUUAACAUUCAGCAUGGGUAGUCAUGUUAUUUCUACCUCACUUUCGUUUUGUGGUGGUCUGACAAUUACGUAGAGAAGGUAUGUAUCAUCAACCACUUAUCCAUUGUGUAAACAGGUGUUCUUUUACUUUUAAUACCAAUACAUUACAGAACAAUUAAAAUUUAGUAACUCACGAAGUCCAUACAUUUUCAUGAUUUUUUUAAAGACUUUGGGCACAAUUCAGUCUAGCAUGAGCAGUGCCCACCCACGGAAGAAGUGGUCUAGCCUUCAGAAAAGCCCUGUUGCCUACCCUUCCUUUAGGCUGUCUCAUGUGCAUCUCCCUGAGACGACAAGCUUCCAUUUCACCCAGAAGUAUCGUCUUCACCUCCAAGGGGAUGCACACUAAGAUGACCGUUAAUGGGGCUCUGCUAUGUCCUGGGUCAGUAUUGGC